UGCCUCCUCACUGCCUGUAGCCUGCUCACCACCUUUACGUUCAUGAAUAUUUUUCUUCGCUCACCCGUAAUCUACCAGGCAGAAUUGUAUAUCGGCCUGGCAAUUUUCUUUAUAUUCUAUCUAUUCAUGAUGAGUUUGUGUAAAAAAUAUUUUUUUAGGCACGCGUUGGAUCUCUUCAUUGAUUUCGUUGAAGUAUUCAGGCACUUAUUGAUUAUCCUGAAUCGCAAGAGGGGCCGCGAAGAAAAUGAUAACUAG